AUGGGAAGAGAAAACCAUGACCCUACUAUUGUUCACUCUUCCAUUGCACUUCUACAAGAGAGGUUUAGACAAUUAGAAAGAGUAAAAGAAAUGAGAGAAGAGAGAGAGCUAAAGAAAAUGCUCAAUGAAACAAAACAAUUCAAUUCCAAUAACAUUACUACUCCAAGUUAUGAUUAUGAUCAAUCAACAAGGUUGUUUUCUUCCAACCAUGAAUUGAUUAUUCCAUCACGAUCAUCAUCACCACCUCAUGUUUCUCUUUCUCUUUGGCCAACAACAUCACAGGUACAACAAGAGGAGUACUUUACAAGUUUGAAGAAUCCAAUUUCAAUGAACUUAUGCACUACAAAUUAUCCACAAAACAUGCAAUCUUCAUGGAAGAAUGGUUAUGAUUGUGACUCUUCCUCUGAUUCUGGUGUUGACACUUCUCUUCACCUUUGA